AUGACCCGGUACAGGAGCACUCCCCUGUACGGCGGCGCCCUGGUCUGCGACUUGCCAGAGAAGUUUGCCGACGUGAGCAAACUGCGCGAAGUUCCCGACAACCAGGAAGUCUGGAUCGACCAGGAUGGGUUCACCAGCAUCAUCUUUGACAUUACUGAGCGCGUCGGUCCCGCCGGCAGCAGCCCCGAGAUUGACGGUCGCGCCAUGACAACGCAUCUCGAGGAGCUUGUUGGCGAGGACAUUGAUACCGUCAAGGUCUGGAACACGACCGAGACAUCCUUUUCACGACUUAGCACCGAGGUCCCCGCGUACACCCUCAUCGCGACGCAAACCCCAAAGUCCAAGUCCGGCUCCGCGGCCCCUGACUUUACUGCCAUCAUCCUCACCUUGCUACGCCUCGAGAAAGAAUCCACCGACAUUCUCAUCACCAUCAACGUGCCUCACAUCAAGGGUGAGUACAACGAGGAGGACGUCGACCUGGAGCUGGGCAAGCAGGGCAAGCUUAUUGGUGACGCCGUUGAGUAUGCGGCGCGCAUCUGGGAGACCUUCAAGGUCAAGGACUGGACUCUGUUCGCCGAGGUCUAG